GGAAAUUGCACCUGGGAGAUAUUCUGAUCGGUUUGGCGGAAAUUAGAGCAGGACGUAUUCUUUAUUCUGCAGCAUAUUUUCCCCAUCAUGAAGAGUCCCCUUCCAUUCCUGUGCUGGGUUAGAGCGGCAAGCUUGUUCUUGUGCUUGACGCAGACCGUCCUAGCCAAGGUUCUCACUAACUCCACACGUCUCGAGUCCGUCCUGGAGAAGUAUAGGGACAAAGAUGAGGAGUGGUGGGGGGCAAGGCCGAGAGGGAAGAGGGCAAUCAGCGAGGGAGACAUGCACCUCAUUCUGGACCUGCACAACAAGCUGCGUGGUCAGGUCCACCCUCCCGCCUCCAACAUGGAAUACAUGGUAUGGGAUUAUGAGUUAGAGAGGAGCGCAGAGCACUGGGCACAUACCUGCCGCUGGGAGCAUGGGCCAAGUCACAUGUUGACUCAAAUAGGCCAAAACCUUGGAGCACACUGGGGCAGGGACCGCCCCCCUACCUACCACGUCCAGGCCUGGUAUGAUGAGGUGAGACACUACAGCUAUCCCUAUUCUCAGGAGUGUAACCCACACUGCCCAUUCAGAUGUUCAGGACCUGUCUGCACUCACUACACUCAGUUGGUGUGGGCGACUAGUAAUCGCAUUGGCUGUGCCAUCAAUGUAUGUUACAACAUGAAUGUGUGGGGAAUGAUCUGGGCUAAAGCUGUUUAUCUGGUCUGCAACUACUCUCCCCCGGGUAACUGGUGGGGUCACGCUCCAUAUAAAUAUGGAACUCCCUGCUCUGCCUGUCCCGCCAGCUAUGCUGGAGGCUGCAGGGACAACCUCUGCUACAAAGACGGAGGUGUGGACAGACGACCGCCUCCUGAGAUCGAGGAGAACUACAUUGAACCCGAACCCGAACCAGUGAGGGAUAGAGAGCCGGAACCCAGGGCCCAGUCACCUGACCCCACACCCGCCGAUAACCGAGAGAGAAACCAGGUUGUCAGCACAGAGCAGAUGUCCCAACAGGUUGAGUGUGAGACCAAGCUGAGAGAUCAGUGCAAGGGAACAACCUGUAACAGGUACGAGUGUCCGCCUGGCUGCUUUCACAGGCCUGGAAAAGUAGUUGGGACUGGAUAUUUUGACAUGCAGUCCAGCGUGUGUGGAGCUGCGUUACACUCUGGUGUCAUUGAUGAUGAUGGAGGAUGGCUGGAUGUGACCCGACUGGGCAGAAAACAACAGUUCACCAAAUCAUACAAGAAUGGUAUUCAAUCAAUUGGGAAAAACAGAAGUGCAAAUUCCUUCAAAGUGGAGACAGUGCCUGUCAAGGCGGUAACAUGUGACACCACUGUGGCUCUUUUCUGUCCUUUCAAGAAACCUACACGACAUUGUCCCAGGUUGUAUUGUCCCAGGAACUGUUUGCGUGACAAUAGAGGACGAGUCGUUGGGACAAAGUAUUACUCAGAUAAAUCAAGCAUCUGCAGAGCAGCCAUUCAUGCUGGAGUGAUCCAGAACGAGUCUGGAGGUUACCUUGAUGUGAUGCCAGUGGACAAAAGGAAGCAGUACAGUGGCAGCUACACGAAUGGCAUCACUUCAGAGAGCCUUGUGAACCCAACAGGAGGAAAAGCCUUCAGAGUGUUUGCAGUCAUCUGAAAAACCGCUCUCACAGGGCAGAGCACCGUCGAACAUGGCCACUUCACACGCAACAAACCCACUCAUUACUGUCGUACAACCAGUAAUUACAUUCAGCCCUGCAGUCAAUAAGUCAGCGUUUUUAUCCCCGGACACUAAAAGUGUAACAUGACGUUUAUCAAGGCUUCCCUCAUAAGUUUGGUCAUGAUUCCAAAUAUAGCACAAGAUAGAAUUCUUGGUGAGUGACGAUCUCGGAUGACUUUCAUCUUACGUCUUCUUAGAGACGGCCAUAAUGAUCACAUCAGGCUCCCAUGCAUCAUUACUGACAUGAUAUCAUAACA